GCCAGCCAAGCGGACAUGACGUACCUGCGCAAACAAGGAAACUUGAGCUAACCCUCUUUGUAGCUAAAAGCGGCUAGCCGGCUAACAUCUGCACAACGCAGUUGCUGUUAUUUGUGUGUUUCAAUGCUGAGGUAUUUCCUUUUCUUUUACACUUAUUUCAAGUCGACUUCCGGGAACGAAGCGGCGAGCACCACCAACAAGUUGCUUGUAACAGUCUCAGUGAUGUUCCAGUCUUGUCAGGAUGUUAGCAUCUGAAGCAGUCAGCUAACUAACCGGACAGCCUGCUCAAGUAGCCAACCUGUGAUGAUUUGAUGAGGAUUUGGGGAGAUUUUUGGGAGUUUUCAGUGGGAUUCGCAUCAUGUCUAAUAACCGGUCCCAGCACAUCUCUGGCGGUGCGAGUUCUGUGCCCAGCACAAGUAGCAGCAGCAUCAGCGGCAUAGGAGGCACCAUGAGCCCUGGUGGUGGAAGCAACGGCGUCGCAAGCAAUGGUAACAACUCUCCAAAUGUUGUACCUUCCCGGACCCUGUCAGCGGCAGGAGACGGCGGCUUGCCGGUGCCGAACUUGGUCGCCAUGUCGUCGUCCCGUGGUGGCUUCGCCUCACUCAGCAGACCCUCCGCGUCCUCCGGCAGCAGGAAGAAGUCCCUCCACCAAGCACCUCUCUACAACGGCCUGCUGAAUUCAUACGAGGACAAGAGCAACGAUUUUGUCUGCCCCAUUUGCUUCGAAAUGAUAGAAGAGGCACACAUGACCAAGUGUGGGCACAGUUUUUGCUUCAAAUGCAUCCGCCAGAGUCUGGAGGACAGCAACAGGUGUCCCAAGUGCAACUACAUUGUUGAUAAUGUGGAUCAACUUUACCCAAACUUUCUUGUAAACGAACUGAUUCUUAAACAGAAGCAAAGAUGUGAAGAGAAGAGACUAAAAUUGGAUCAUCCUAAUGGAUCCAGGUGGCAGGUUUUCCAGGAUGUGUUGAGUCCUGACCAAGAGAACUUGGACCUGGCAAAUGUCAAUCUCAUGCUGGAGCUACUGGUUCAGAAGAAGAAGCAGCUGGAAGCGGAAUCCCAAGCAGCUCAGAGACAGAUCCUCAUGGAGUUUCUGAAUGAAGCCAGGAGAAACAAAAGAGAGCAACUGGAGCAGCUACAGAAGGAGCUUAACUUCCUUGAGGAUGACAUUAAGCGUGUUGAGGAAAUGAGUGGGAUGUACUCUCCAAAGAUGGAGGCAGAGUGCACCGUGCCCAAUGUGGAGGCUCCCUCACCUUCACGCAGCUGUAGUAGUAUCAUUGAAUCGCCAGACUAUAAUCCACCUCAUGGAUUUGGUGGAACAGCCCAGGGGAAAAGGCAGACCUGGUACAACAGCACGUUAGCAUCAAGGAGAAAGAGGUUGACUGCUCAUUUUGAAGAUUUGGAGCAGUGCUACUUCUCCAACAAAAUGUCACGCAUCUCAGAGGAAGGCAGGAACUUGAACCAGCUGGAUGACUUCAUGGAGUGUCUCUCCAAGUUCACGCGCUACAAUUCUGUGAGACCCCUGGCCACUCUGUCCUACGCCAGUGACCUCUACAAUGGCUCCAGUAUUGUCUCCAGCAUCGAGUUUGAUCGGGAUUGUGACUACUUUGCCAUUGCUGGUGUGACCAAGAAGAUCAAGGUGUUUGAGUAUGGCACUGUGAUCCAAGAUGCAGUGGACAUUCACUAUCCUGUCAAUGAAAUGACAUGCAAUUCCAAAAUCAGCUGUAUCAGCUGGAGCAGCUAUCACAAGAACCUCCUGGCGAGCAGUGACUAUGAGGGUACUGUCAUAUUAUGGGAUGGAUUUACCGGCCAUCGGUCCAAAGUGUACCAGGAACAUGAAAAAAGGUGCUGGAGUGUUGACUUUAAUCUGAUGGACCCCAAAUUGUUAGCAUCUGGUUCUGAUGAUGCAAAAGUGAAGUUAUGGUCAACCAAUCUGGACAAUUCUGUGGCUAGCAUUGAAGCGAAGGCUAAUGUUUGCUGUGUGAAAUUCAGUCCAACCUCCCGGUAUCAUCUAGCCUUUGGUUGUGCAGACCACUGCGUCCACUACUAUGACCUCCGCAACACUAAGCAGCCAAUCAUGGUCUUCAAAGGCCACAGGAAAGCCGUUUCAUAUGCUAAAUUUGUUAAUGGAGAGGAAAUCGUUUCUGCGUCAACAGACAGUCAGCUGAAGCUGUGGAACGUCAACAAACCUCAUUGCCUGCGUUCCUUCAAGGGUCAUAUCAACGAAAAGAACUUUGUAGGCCUGGCUUCUAACGGAGACUAUGUUGCCUGUGGCAGUGAGAACAAUUCCCUCUACCUGUACUACAAAGGACUUUCCAAGACACUUUUAACCUUCAAGUUCGACACGGUGAAGAGUGUGCUAGACAAGGACAAGAAGGAAGAUGACACCAAUGAGUUUGUCAGUGCUGUCUGCUGGAGAGCCCUGCCAGAUGGCGAGUCAAAUGUGCUGAUUGCUGCUAACAGUCAAGGAACAAUUAAGGUACUUGAGCUCGUCUGAAGACUCGCUGGGUCAUGUGUUGAAGACCAUCAUGGUCCAGGCAGAGGUGCUGUACAUGGAAAUGACACAAUGAAUCUUUAAUGAGCAAUAAAUGUUCAACACUUUCUGCCAGGCUUCUGUUUAAAAGAACAGCUGGCAUUUUACAGCAAAAAAACAAAAAUAGACACAAUUCCUUGUUAUCUCCUACAGCAGGGGUGUCCAAACUCCAGUCAGGGGCUUUUGUUUUAUUGGUGGCAUAUUUUAUAAACAGCAAAUUAAAGUGAACAAUUGCAAACGAUAUGCUCUGUCUUGUAUGAAAGCUGUCGGCUAAGUUAAGAAAAGGGGGAAAAUAUCAUAGAAAUGGUUUUCUCUACGCGGCCCUCAUGAGAAAAGUUUGGACACCCCAUCCCACAGUGAUGCAUCUCUUCAUGGUUGUCAGAUAUUUUAGCUUUUUUUUUUUUUUUUUUUUUUUACUAAAUGUACAUCCAACAAAUUGCUAUCUUGUCAUUUUCCUGGGCCAAAGUACAGGA